UGGGGAUGGGAUUGGGAUGGAUAUUCGAAAUCAUACUACUCACAACCUUGGCUUUUGGCCUUGGCCUCACUUCAACAGAACAGCCACCCCUUCCUCCUUCCUCCUUCCUCCCCGAAAUCAACGUCAUAUGGAUAAAUGGAUGGAUGGAUGGAUGGAUGGAUACCAACUUCCAUCCAACAAACCCAAACCCAAAGCGCAUGCACUGCCGUUUUGUCCCAGUCCACUCGGAAAUCCGUGCGUGAUACUCAACCAUCACCGGCACUACUAGCGUCACGGUAGCAAGACAACAUGCCCUCCA